AUGGCGCUUGCUGGGCGUCUGCUGCUGCUGCUGCUGCUCUUGGAGCUGUGCAAGUUCUUGGUGUCGAGCGGGAAGAAGAACCAGCUCCUGUCCCACAAGGUGAUCGGGGAGCCCUGCCAACAGCACUCAGAAUGCCAGAGCAACUGCUGCACCACCAACAGCCUGAACCCCCAGAGGUUCUGCUCCCCCCAGACCAUCUUCCUGCAGUGCCUAUCCUGGCGAAAGCCGAACGGGCACACCUGCUUGGACCACCUAGAGUGCCGGAGUAGGUGCUGUGUCACAAAUAACUACGCAGCGCAGAUGUUCUGCACGCGCAAGACCAUCUUCCUGCAGUGCGUGCCAUGGCGCAAGCCAAACGGGGUCUACUGCACCGACCACAGCGAGUGCCAGAGUAAGUGCUGUAUCAGGCUGAACGAGGCCAGCCGCCAUCGGUGCAUCCCCCAGAGUGGCCUCCUGGUCCAGUGCCUGCCCUUGUGACAUGACACCACUCCGUGCACUGAAGAACCAACC